UUCAAGAGCACGUUCGUUCGUUCGUUGGUGUCUGUGCGUGUGAGGGCCCUGCGUGUUCCCACCAGUGUACGUGUGUGUGUAGUUGUUGUUGUUGCUGUUUCUUGUGCAACGUUCGCUAGGAUGAGCAGCAUCUAUGUAGAUUGUGGACGCACGGGGGCGGCAGAGCCAGGCAGUGAGGCGCAGAUCGGGAGCAGCUUCUUAGAUUGUGGAUGCACGGAACCCUGCCUGAAUACAGCCGACAACUGUCACAUACGGGAGGCGGCAGAGGAAGACAGGUGGGCGGAGAAGGAGGCUGAGGAGGCGGAGGAGCGCCGUCAGCAGCGCCUCCUGCAAGAGAGCUACGAGCUCCACCUACAGGAAGAGGAGGAGGCCAUGAGGGAGAUCCAGCUCGCGGAGCUGGAAGACAACUAUAUGCGUGCGCACCUGGAAGCUGUUGAGGAGAUGGCUCGUGAAUAA